AUGCGGCCCACCAUAGACGCAGCCGGACUGGGGAGGUUACCUUACCAAUCUGGCAGACGGCUUUACUCUCCGCCAAUAUCGGGACAGGUACGCGAGAUGGGAUAUCUCAGGGUCGGCGAAGCGGCGAUGGAAGCCCGUGUACUUUUUGUAUGUACAAAGCUUUUGCCACCAUCUGCUGUUGAGGAGGCAAAGCCAUCCCAGGAAGAUCCGAUGGAAGUGCGCCGAUCUGGUAAAGAUCCCGACGGAGAAAGGGAAGAGGAGGGUAUUCAAGUACAAGAUAACAGAGAUAGGGAAUGA